AUGGACUACUACAGGGCCAUACUUGUCAUCUUUGUCUUUUUGUCCCUGCGUACAAUCUAUCGUCUGGUACUGCACCCUCUCCGUGGAAUACCAGGCCCGAAAUUAGCUGCCGCUACGAGUUUGUACGAGUUUUAUUACGACGUAGUCAAAGGUGGAAAUAACAUCUGGGGAGCUUUCAUAAAACUGACAAGAAGCAAAGGGCCCAUAGUACGAGUCAGCCCCGGGGAAUUACAUAUCAAGGACCCCUAUUUUUACAACGAGAUUUAUGCAAGUAGUAGCAAUGGGAAGCGAGACAAGGAUGCGACACUAGUCCGCUCAUUUUGCUGUCCGAGUGCAAUGUUUUCCACAGUCAGCCACGACCUUCAUCGAUCCCGCCGCGCUGUCAUCAGUCAUCUUUUCACGAGAAGGGCUGUUGUCAGUCUUGAAUCUAUAAUACAAGAUAAGAUCAGCAAGUUGUCUUCACGUCUCGAGUCUAUCCAGCGUGGGGGCUCCAUCGUCAGCCUCAAAGCAGCUUUUGGAGCACUUAUUAGUGAUAUACUCGGGCAGUACUUAUAUGCAGAGGAUCUUCACUAUCUGGAUGAUCCAAAGUUCAAGAGUGAUUCUAUUGCCUCAGCCAAUGAAUUAGCGGCGAAAAUUCAUAUUUUUCGUUACUUACCAUUUCUUGUUACACUCUUCACGAGCGUUCCACUAACGCUUCUGCGCUCGGUCCACUCGGUCUCAGACUUGGUUGACUUCAAGCUCUGGCUCCGGAAGCAAGCCCAGGAUGCAAUCCAACACAAAGAAAGAUCAACAAAGGCCAGCGGUCCCGUCUUUGCUGCUCUGUUGAGCAGUAAUGGACCCACAGAAGAGAAAUCGCUAGUGCGCUUGGAAGACGAGUCUUUAGUCUUAUAUAGUGGAGGCGGAGAUUCCACGUCCCAGACCCUAUCUGUGGCACUCUUCCAUCUGUUGAAAAACAAACAGCUGGUGCAGACUCUACGAAAAGAGCUAAAGCAGGUAAUGCCAACGCCUACCCACCAGGCAAAAUGGUCGGAACUGGAAAGAUUGCCAUACUUGAAUGUCAACCUGAAGUCAUUUCUUGUUGCUUUAUCUAAAGGCAGUAGGCAGUGCAUCGGAAUCAAUCUGGCCUAUGCGGUACUUUAUCUGACCGUAGCCACCUUGAUACGCCGCUACGAUAUGGAAUUAUAUGAUACCACGGAAGAUGAACUUCGAACAGCCCGGGACUUUCUGCUUUCACGCCCUGAAAAGGGCCACGCGAUUGUUAAUGUAAUGGUCAGGGAUAUCUUGACCACGUGAAUGGGUGCUUGAAAAGUUGAACUCUUAUCUGACGGUAAGUGUCUUUCUCGGAACUGUGUAGGGAAAGUAUGAUUAUGUUUUGAAUCCCCGACGGCCAUAGUAACAAGGAAAAGAAAAGAUAGGAGAAACAAAAUACUGAUAGAACUUCGGAAACAAUUAGCGGCCGUGGUUGGCACUUCAAUUGCUAGUCAACCAAUUCAUACGUGGACAGAACCUUAGUCGAUCCCACCAUCUUUGUCAGGGGCACCUUCCCGUUUGGAGGGACGUCGUACAUAAUCCGCAUGUUGGCUG